CGCGCCGAGUCACGCCGGCCCGGGCGGGGCCUCGGGCCGGGCGGCGACAACGGGAGCUGCUGGCGGGAGCCGGAGCGGCGAGAGGCCGCCGUAGUGCCCAGUCCAAGAUGGGGUCCCAGGUCUCGAUGGACACAGGAGCCGUGCACGUUGUGAUCGUGGGUGGGGGCUUUGGUGGCAUUGCUGCCGCCAGCCAGCUGCAGGCGCUGAACAUCCCCUUUGUGCUGGUGGACAUGAAGGACUCCUUCCACCACAACGUGGCAGCCCUCCGGGCCUCUGUGGAGAGCGGGUUUGCCAAAAAGACAUUCAUUUCCUACUCGGUGACCUUCAAGGAAAACUUCAGGCAGGGCCUGGUGGUCGGGAUAGACCUGAAGAAUCAGACGGUGCUGCUGGAGGAUGGCCAGGCCCUAUCCUUUUCACAUCUCAUCCUGGCCACGGGCAGCACUGGGCUCUUCCCGGGCAAGUUUAACCAGGUUUCCAGCCAGCAGAUGGCCAUUCAGGCCUAUGAGGACAUGGUGACGCAGGUCCAGCGCUCACAGUCCAUUGUGGUGGUGGGAGGAGGCUCUGCAGGAGUGGAGAUGGCUGCAGAGAUUAAAACGGAAUACCCGGAGAAAGAGGUCACUCUCAUUCACUCCCAGAUGGCCCUCGCAGACACAGAGCUCCUGCCCUGUGUCCGGCAGGAAGUGAAGGAGAUCCUGCUCCGGAAAGGCGUGCAGCUGCUGCUGAGUGAGCGGGUGAGCAACCUGGAGGCACUGCCCGUCAACGAGUAUUGCGAGUGCAUCAAGGUGCAGACGGACAAAGGCACGGAGGUGGCCGCCAACCUGGUGAUUGUCUGCAACGGUAUCAAGAUCAACAGUGCAGCCUACCGCAGCGCGUUUGGUGAUCGGCUGGCUGGCAACGGUGCUCUGAGAGUGAACGAGUACCUUCAGGUGGAAGGUUACAGCCACAUCUACGCCAUCGGAGACUGCGCUGACGUGAGGGAGCCCAAGAUGGCCUAUCACGCCAGCCUCCACGCCAACGUUGCCGUGGCCAACAUUGUCAACUCCAUGAAACAGAGACCCCUCAAAACCUACAAGCCAGGUUCACUGACGUUCCUCCUGGCCAUGGGGAGAAAUGAUGGCGUGGGCCAGAUCAGCGGCUUCUACGUGGGGCGGCUCAUGGUUCGGCUGGCCAAGAGCCGGGACCUGUUGGUCUCCACAAGCUGGAAAACCAUGAAACAGUCUCCACCCUGAUGGGGAAGCCGGGCAAGAGACAGGAUGGCCACCCCAUGGAGGCUCACCCAGGCCUCCAUUCCUGCGGACCACAACCAACCAGACUCCCUUCCUGCAAGCGGGACCUGCUGCCUGAGAAACACAAGCCAUUGUGUGCCGUCUGCCCUGGGGCCUGGCAUGGUGGGAGCCUCGGUCCUGUAGUGACAGACCUUGUUGUAUUUAUAACAUUCUAGAAGUGUCCAUCCAUGGGGACACAGUUCUUCAGACUGAGGACAACGUUGCAAUAAAAGAAUAUAUUGUAAGAAAGA